AUGGCUGGCGGCAGGGCGACGACGGCAGCCGCUGACCACCCAAGCGACGACGACGGAGUGCUGGUGCAGAGACAUACAAUGAAGACGGGCUCGGCGCUGGAUCUGCUGGUACUGUCGUUUAAUUGCGCGGCGACGCUCAUUGACGUGCCGGUGUUUGCUGGCCAUUUGCAGACUGCGCUGGCGCGGAAUGCCUCGGAACUGCCUGAGGUGGUUGUUCUCUCGUUACAAGAAAUUGCUCCUCUAAGCUAUGCCUUCAUUGGCGGAGAUUACUUUCUGAAGCCGUAUGUGGACCGCUUUGAGGAGGCGGUAAACCUUGCGGUUUCAUUACAUUUGAGCAAUGAACAAGGCAGUGAUGACGUCUUGGGUUCUGAUUCCUCUGCUGCUGCUUCACCUUCGUCCCCUUCAAGUCGCACAAAGAAACCCUUUACGCUAAUCAGGUCCCUCAACGUGGGAUACACCGCCAUUAUGCUAUUUGCCCGGGAUGCCACCCGCCUCAAGGAUAUUCAAGAGGCCGAGGUAGGAUUCGGCGCUGCUGAGAUGGGCAACAAGGGAGCGGUUGGUCUUCGAGCGCUCUAUGAGAUUGGCGGGGAGUCGACGGAGCUGACGUUUGUGGCGACGCAUCUGGCUGCCAUGGAAUGGAAUCUGCCGCGGAGGAACGCCAACUGGGGGGCCAUCAUGCGAGGCUUGACGUUUGAGAACCCGGAGGAGGUGCUGAGCCAGAUGAGGAGAGAUGCUGAGUCGAGAGGCGAGAGCAUUUCGUCUGAGGAGGGGGAUGCCUCUGAGCACUCUCGUCUGCUUCGGGAGGAGCAGCACCAGCAUGAUCUUCGGUUGCAGAGGCAGUUUCACGAUCUGUCCGUCUUCAAGCCAUCUUCUCACCUGUUUGUUGCGGGGGAUCUCAACUACCGCAUUUCGACCACCUCGCCGACUCCUUAUUCUGCGUUUCCUAAUCUGGAACCAGGAUCAGAAAAUUACUACACGCACUUCUUGCAUCUAGAUCAGCUGACGAGGGAAAGACUCGCCGGCAGGACCCUCCAUGGCUUGUCAGAGCACGAGAUCAAAUUCCCACCGACGUACAAGUAUGUCGUCGACUCCAAGACGAGGCCUUCCAGCGAGGCCGGCAAUCCCAUCGACGAAGUGAAGUGGGAAUUUGCUCCGCACCGAUAUCCCGGCUGGACGGACCGCAUCCUCUUCCUCGAGCUUCCGUCCUGGAUUGGCGGCAACAUGAAUGUCCGCGCGUAUGACGCCCUACCCGUGAUUCGCACGAGCGACCACCGCCCUGUAUUCCUCAGAGUCGACGUGCCCCUCGUGGCACCAGCCGAUCUCGCCCCUCCGGCGACGGUGCUAGACUCUGCCACCGCCGGGUCUGGAUCCCCCGGUGGCGCCAACGCGUUCGAUCCCAGAGUCCGUCUGCCUGUGGAGAUUGAUCCGGAGGCCUGGGAGCGGCGGGUCGCUGCACGGCGGCGCGAGAUUGCGGCUGGGUGGACAAUGUUUUUCUGGAGCACGAGACAGGGGGCGUAUAUCCUGUCGACUGUGCUGGUGGCGAGUCUGGGCGGGUACUGGCUCUACCGUUCAGCAUAG